AUGAGGGCCAUUCAGCAGAGCCCUGAGAUGGCAGGUGGGUGCCUCCCCAGAGGAGGAAGGGACGUCCAGUACCCAACACCCCUGUGCCUCCACUUUGCUGCUGGGAAAACUGAGAGCGAGAUAAGGGGAAUCGAUUCGAAAGAGACAGGCUACUUCUCGGAACAUUUGUUCCCAGUCCCGCCCCCAGCCUGGCACAGGGCAGGAGCCACCGGCCAAUGGGAGGGCCCUCGCCAGGCCCAGGCCAAGCCCCUCUCGGCCCCUGGGCGGCCCCUCCCCACCCCGCCCAGGGCCCUGCUGCCCGCUGUCCUGCCCGUUCUGGGCACAGCACAGGGGUUAAGGAACAGCCCACUUCAAAGGGUGGGGCUCCCGGCUGCCACCCCAGCCCCACCCCCAGUCCCACAGCCGCCGCAGGCCUGGCAUUGGCCUCUGCCCAGCACCUUCUCCAGACCGGUCCACCUCCAGGCCAGUGCUGCCCAGCGGGCUCUCAUCUCCAGUCCCAGCCCUGACGGCAGCCGGGACAGCAGCGGCUCUGCCAGAGCUUUUGGAUUCACGGCCCGUCUUGCGGGCUUGGCAAGAGGCUGGACAGAGAAAAUCAACCAUCACCCAUCUUCCGCGGACAGGCCAGUGAGUGAAUCCGUAGGGGCCCCUGCUCCCGCCCACGCCAGACGGUGCCUGUGAUGAAAGCGUCUGGACCUGGGGGUGCCCUACCCCCACCUGGAGCCGUGGCUGCAGGCCACCUGGGAGCCACGCAGAUGCUGUGGCCUGGACGCUUGUGGCCCCCAAAUUUGUAUGUUGAGACCUAACCCCAAUUAGGGAGGUGGGGCCUUUGGGAGGUGAUUGGGUCACCAGGGUGGAGCCCUGGUGAAUGGGAUCAGUGCCCUCAUAAAAGGGACGGCACAGAGCUGUGUCCCACUGCGUGAGGACACAGAACCUGGAUGUGGGCCCUCACUAGAACCCAACCAUGCUGCCACCCUGAUCUCAGACUUCCAGCCUCCAGGACUGCGAGAGACAAAUUUCUGCUGUUUAUAGCCACCAUCUAUGGUACUGAUAUUUUGUUACAGCGGCCCAAACGGACUAAGACACCAGGGUCUCUUUCCCUGCCAGCAGGCGUCAGCUCUCAGGCCAGGCUGAAAAGAAACAGGGUAACUGAGGCCCGUGGAGGGUGUUUCCAGGGCUCAGGGCCCAGGUCGGCCCACAGGUGAGGUGCAGAAGGCCGGGCCCAGGGUGGGAGGGCAGCAGAGCUCCAGGGGGGCCCUGCUUCUCGGCAUCCCCCGGCACCCUGAUGCGGUAUGUGAGGGGCGGUCAGGAGCGCUUCCCUGGAGCCCGCAGCCUCGACAUGGCAGACAGAGCCCAGAGCACGGCCCCGGGCUCCAGUGGGCACGUGGCAGGAGCUUCCUGUGCUCCCAGGCCCCUCCCCCACACACGGUCACACGGCCACACGUGGCCCCCCGAGCUCCUGGAACGCGGCCAACAGGAGCCGUACUCUGCGUGCAGAGGCCCAGCCUGAAGAGAAGAAUGUGUGGAAACGUGCUAAUAAUUUACAUACGAUUCCACGGUGAAAUGUAAUAUUUUAGAUAUGCUGGGUUGAAAUGAAAUAUAUUUUUA